CUGCUGAUAAGAUUUUUUUUAUCAGAGUGAGACGAGUGAGUUUGCCGGAGUUGUUUGACGAGUACUUAUUUAAAAUAUUAAUAUUAAUUAAGAAAUUAAAAAUUCUCUCUCAUUGCUGUGGAUAUACCUACUUGUGAUAUUUGAAGUUCGACAAUCCUGCUUGAUCUUUUUCGUGGCAGGAAAUUGAAGGAUGUAGGAUGUAUGUUUUCGAUACUAAAACUCUGAAAAGUUCAUACUUCUUCGCACUUUGAAUAGCUAAUUGUACUUGAAAUUAUGACUCUGUUGAAUGGUUGCUAUUUCUGCUGACACAAUAAUGGAUGUUACCGAAACUAAUUUGAUCACUGGAAUAAAGAAUAUUGAAGAUAAAGGCGAUGAUAAUUUCCAAGAGCCCAAUUCUCCUACCAAUAAAGAUGAUACCAGAUUUUCAAAUCUCUCCGGAAAAGUGGAUCUAUUAUUUAAAGCAACGGGCAAUGCACCUAUAAUGAAGACAAAAAAAUGGAAGGUUUCUUCUAAUAAGACUGUUGGUGGCAUAACUACUUUCUUAAGAAAUUAUUUAAAGUUAGGUCCUUCUGAGAGUUUAUUUUUGUACGUGAAUCAGGCAUUUGCUCCUGCACCUGACCAAAUAAUUAAAAAUUUAUACGAGUGUUAUGGAGCAGAAGGUACACUAGUGAUACAUUAUUGCAAAUCACAGGCAUGGGGAUGAGAUAUUAUUUCACAGUCAAAACGACAGCUACGAAACAUGUUUAAAAUAAGUCCUUAUUCGGUUUGAUUGUUAUAAUUUUUUUCUUCAGAUUUCAAUACGUUUGCCAUUUUUUAUUAUUACUCAUUUGUUAUGUGUUUCGACAUACCCAUCAUCUUUCAGAUCAGAUGCAACGUAACUGAGAUCAUUCAAUGACAUUCUGAGAAAUGAGUAUAGAUAUAAUGAAAAACACA